AUGAAAGUCAAUGUCACAUUGAGUCAAAUGUUGCAAUAUCCUGAUCAAAAAUGCCAUCUGGCAAAUGUAAUAAAAAGGUCCUUAGUAUCAGUAGCAAUCCAGAAUCUCAAACCAAUUGAUAUGAAAGUAAUGACUAUACAAGCUAUCACAAUUACAAAAACCACUGCUGCUUAUUGCUACAUUAGAAUUAAAGAAAACCUCAUAGUGGCUGUGCUUAAUUCAAGUACUACUAUCAGUAUAAUAUUGAAUAAAAUAACAAAAAAACUGCAGUUGAAGAUUAACGAACCUUUUACAACAAUGGUCAUUAUUGUAAAUGGAGCCAGAGUAAAGGCUCUUAAAAAAAUAAUUAACCUUAAGUUGGUCAUGAGCAGUGUAGUAGUUCUGAUCAUGUUUCAGAUUAUAGAAUUGACUGAACAGAUCCUUCUGUUGGGCAUAGAUUGGUUCUGUCAAACUGGCACCCAUUUGCAUGCUGAUAAAAAAAAACUAUAUGUGCAAUGCCAAGGUAAAUUCAUAGAAAUACUUAAGUUUUAUAAAAGAAAAAUCUUAUUAGCACUCUUAGUCAUAAAAAAGAAAUCUGAAAAAUUGAAAAAGCCAGAUAAUGAAGACCUAUUUGAUAAUUUCAAAUUUGAUAAUGAAGAUUUAAAUGAAGUAGAAAGUUCUGCUGUGUAUCUGUCUGGUGUUGAAAGUGUCUCUGUAAAGAAAACUAAGGAAGAAGAAGAAAGCAUAAUCAAAAAACUAAAGAAGAAUCUUAACAAUGAAGCUCUAACAAAUAAUCAAAAAAACUAUGUAAGUAAUAUGUUAUGUAAGGAAGUAAAUGUUUUUACUGAAAUCAUAGAUGAUCUUGAACAAACAUUGGCAUACAUUAAUGAAAUAAAUACUAAAAGUGCUCUUCUGAUUAAGCAAGUUCUCUACUAUGCUGCCUCUAGAUAUGCAGCUUCAUAA